ACACAGGCACAGCCACCGUCAACCUCACAACACCUUUCUAAAGUGUCGAGUGCAGCUGAGUUAGUACCGUUGUGCAGGUAUCCGUCAAAAGCGUUUGCUGAAAAACCACUCUCAAGAAGCACCACUUCUUCGUCGAUAUCGGCGUUAGCGCAUGAAGAUUCGUCGUCGGUUUCACGUGCUCUCAUAACGCCACAACAAUCGUUGUCAAUCUGUAACUAUGGUAGUAGUCAACAGUCUUCUGAAAAUGAAACCUGCACGAUGAGCACAAUGAGCGAUGCUGUAACCAUCAUACAACAACUACCACCUGCUGCUCAACAACAAGCCAUACUCCCACAAUCAAGUGUUCCAUCGGCAGUUCUCUCGUCUAGUUUAGCGGCGGCGNCAGUCCACACCAAUGUUCACGCAAACGCCGCUAAGCCAAAGUGUAAUCGUGGAACAGUCGGUGGGUAA